GUGACGCAUGCGCGCUGGCACCGAGCGGGCGGUUGUUCGGUAGGGGCUUAUCGAGUGCAGUUUACAGCGUUUGUCCGCCCGCCAUCCGUCCAUCCAUCUAUUUAUCUGUCUGUCCGGAGGGAGAGGGAGGAAUCUAUGAUAGUUUAAUUGGGUCAGUACACUGAGACAUGAGCGUGCUUAAAUAGGGCCCAGGAAGGGAGAUUGCUCCUAAAGACACCCAGCUCAUUGGAACUUGUAGUGCAAGCUAUUGCACACUGUUACAAUGAAGGUAGCAGUAGAAGGUUGCUGCCAUGGUGAACUGGACAAAAUCUAUGAGAGUAUUCAGUUUUUGGAGAAAAAGGACAAUGUUAAGGUGGACCUCUUGUUGUGCUGUGGAGAUUUUCAAGCAGUCAGGAAUGAAGCUGACAUGAUUUGCAUGGCUGUACCCGUUAAAUACAGACAAAUGCAAACUUUCUACAAAUAUUACUCUGGAGAAAAGAAAGCCCCUGUUCUUACCAUCUUCAUAGGAGGCAAUCACGAAGCCUCUAAUCACUUACAGGAGUUGCCUUAUGGAGGAUGGGUGGCACCAAACAUUUACUACUUAGUUAAUAGAUUUCUUCAAGUAUUCUAUUGCUCCUUUUUUUCUAUUUAUUUUCAGUUAAAACAGCACAUGGACAUCUUCCUGUCACAUGACUGGCCACAAGGUAUCUAUCACUAUGGUAACAAAAAACAACUGCUUAAGAAAAAAGCUUUCCUCCGCCCAGAGGUCGAAUCUAAUACCUUGGGCAGUCCUGCAGCCACAGAGCUUCUGCAGCACCUCAAGCCUUCUUAUUGGUUUGCAGCACAUCUACACGUGAAGUUUGCAGCUUUAAUGCAGCAUCCGAAAUGUGAUGGUGAGCAGCUACCAAAAGCAACAAAAUUUUUAGCUCUGGAUAAAUGUCUCCCUCACAGAGAUUUUCUGCAGAUUGUUGAAAUAGAGCAUGACCCAAAUGCUUCUGAACAUCUAGAGUAUGAUUCUGAAUGGCUGGCCAUUUUAAAAGCAACAAAUGAUUUAAUUAAUGUCACAUCUAAAUCAUGGAACAUGCCAGAAAAUAAUAGUCUGCAUGCAAAGUGGGACUACAGUGUGUCUGAAGAAGAUAUUAAAGAACUACUGGAGGAGCAAGCUAAUAACCUCCAGAUCCCCUGUAAUUUUAGCCAGAUAGCACCGGUCUAUGACCCAGCACAUCCACAGAGAUCUAGAGAACCUAUCCACGUGAUUAAUCCCCAGACAACUGAGUUCUGUGCCACCUUUGGCCUCACCGAUCUGAAUGCUAAGGUGAAACAGAUGGAAAGUGAGGGUCUUAUGGAGGAAGAGGAUGAAAUGGAUGGUGCAGAUAAUCCAGAGGAGCCCAGUGAUUAUACUACAGACACUUCUGGACUUUCUUCCUCCAUAAACCCAGAUGAAAUCACACUGGAUGAUGAUGAUGAUGAUGAUGAUAAUGGGGAGCUGAGCGCACAUAGCGUAGAACCAUUGCCAGAUCACCCUUUUACAGACUCAUCAGCAAAUUUCUCUGAUGUGAGAGAUCUUCCUGAUUCUAUGGUUGUAUCAUCUGAUGAGACACAGGACUCUGCAAAUGAGGAAUUAGACAAGUCUGGUGACAGCAGCAUGACUGAGGGAGAAGGAAGGACCACACGCACAAAGGCUGUGAAACGAAUUAGCAAUGAGCAUGAGAAUGGAAGUAGUGGAAUAAAACUAAUUAAGAGGCGCAACCAGAGCAUAUAUCAUACACAGAGUAAUGAGAAUGAAGAUAUUGAAUGAUUAUAAAUAUUAAAAGGGAUAUUGAACUUCAGGAGAAGCUGCAGCUUCUGUGCACAAUUGAGUUUUUAAGAUUGACAGCAAUGACUUGAAAUACAAUCAACCUUUGUUUUUUGUUUUAAAAGCUGGACUUAGCAAGUGUCAUAACAUAUCCAAUCGGUAUAUAAUGUGUUGAAAUACACUAAAUAAAUGUAUUUUUACCAUCAAGAAUAAAUUUUCCACAUAUAUUGGUU